AUGUCACAUGCAGCAGACCCAGAGGAAUCAAAGCUUACCGCCACCCAUGUCGCUGUUCGAGAGGCGCGCAGUCUAGCCAAUGAAGCCACGCUUAGCCAAUUGAUUUCAAUGGUGAGCCGCGACUCUGCUGCAGAUAUUUCUCAAGUCUUGAAGCGAGAGGCAACAGCGUAUCCGCGUCUAGUCGAUGAGCUCACCGUAGCGUUUAACUCAUCCCCAGUGGAUGAGACGCACAACGAAGAUCACCAGUCUUCCGUUGCGACUGGGCUACUGGACCUGCCAGUGGAUGGCUCCGUCAAAGUCACUCACUCUUUGGACCAAUCGGUGCUGAAUCUGGUACAUGCAACAUCAGAGUGCGACGAAGUGCUCAGCCAUAUACCCAAAGAAAUGGCAGCAGCAUUCAAUCAGUUAACGCGCGGCGGAGAGAUCCUCUUUCAGCUCCACGACACCUUCGUCAUCGAGAUCGGGCCGAGCCAUGUAGUCAAAGUCGCCCAGUCUCUUGAUCCUGAUCACGUUGAUAAUAUACAAUACCUUGCCACACAUGUGCCGGAGCUCCCGAUUCCCCAAUGCCUAGGCGUUUUACGUAGUGACCAAAGGACUUAUCUGUUCAUGUCCCGAGCAACAGGCACUACACUUGAAAGCGUCUGGUCAGAUCUCUCCGCUACGCAGAAGAAAUCUUUACAGGAGCAGCUGAGUUCUUUGUUCCGGCUCCUUCGCAGUCCUACUGCCGAGGACUCUAGAUCCGGUGUACAACUAGGGAGUUUUACGUCCGGAUUAUGCAAAGAUCUAAGGAGAACUCAACGCAUAAGCUCAGCACCUCUACGCACCGAAGCGGAAUUCAACGACUUCCUUCUCCAGCACCCCAAGAAAACAGUAACGCCAUGGGUUAAAUUGCUUCGGAGCUCUAUGAAAGACGAUCAUCGCAUUGUAAUGACUCAUGGUGACUUGCACCCCCGAAAUAUCAUGGUGACUCUGGAGCAUAGCCAAGCUAUUCCAGUGCAGGGUGAGGUGGUUCAAAUUGAACACACGAACAUUCGAGUGUCUUCCAUCAUCGACUGGGAAGCAGCAGGCUGGUAUCCAGAUUCUUGGGAAUUCGUCAAAGCCGUGAGCAUGAUCGAUCCUCGUGGCCCCUUGAGUGACUGGAUCGACUUCCUACCCACCGAUGCUAUCGGAUACUUCCCCAUGGAAUUUUCCAUCGACCGCCUGCUCGACCAGUGGCUUGGAUGA